GCCAAGCAGCAGCUGCGGAGCAUGCGCACACCCAGGCGGCGGCUGAAGGAGUCCCGCAGGGUCUGAGAGAGAGCGAGAAAGGAAGUCGGCUAGGUUUAGUCACUGCCUGAGGUAAAUGGCCACGGUCCUAAGAGAGCGUGGGUGAGGGGCAGAUCUCUGCCUCUUUCCCAGAAGAGCCAGAAAUGACUAAGUCCCUGGGAUCAGUGUCAUUCAAGGAUGUAACAGUAGACUUCAGCAGGGAGGAAUGGCAACAAUUGGACCUUGCUCAGAAAAGCCUAUACAGGGAUGUAAUGCUGGAAAACUAUUUCAACUUGAUCUCAGUGGGGUGUCAAGUUCCCAAACCAGAAGUCAUUUUCAACUUGGAGCAAGAGGUGCUACGUAUGUUGGCUGGUGACAUCUGCAGUCACAGUCAUCAUGAUGGGGAUAUUGGUUUUGAAACUUCACAGCAUGGAAUGUCUGAAGAAGUUUCCAUCCAGUUUGAGAGAAUUAAUCUUUUCACAAGCGGUGAUCCAUAUUCCAUUUUAGAAGAAUUGUGGCAAAAUGAUAAACAGACAAGGAGAUGUGAGGAAAACCAGAACACAAGUGCAGAUCAUGUCGCGUUUAUCAACAAGGGAACACUAUUUAAUGAGAGAGACUGUGAAUAUAAAGGCACUCAGAAAAUUGAUCAUGUAAACACAUACCUUGUUCCUACGAGAAAAAGACUCCAGAACUAUGACUCAUUUGGAAGGAGUUUGAAGCCUAUUGUAAGCUUAUGUGAUUAUAGAAACAAUGCAGCAGAAAAUCUUGAUAAGAUUCUUGGAUGUGGUAAUAUUUUCACUCAUAUGGACUCUCAUACAGAAACACAUGCUUGUGAAUAUAACCAGUGUAAGAAACUUCUGAGUCAUGAGCAAGCUCUCAUUCAACAUCAAAAAAUUCGUACUGGGGAGAAUCUCAGUUUAUUUUCUGAUUAUGUAAAAAUUUUCACCAGAAAGUCACACCUCUUUGCACACCAGAGUAUUUAUACUGAAGAGAAACAGCAUCAAUGCAGCAAAUGUGAGACAGUCUUCAGUCAGAAGCUCCAACUUGCUGUUGCUCAAAAGGCUUCUGAAGGAGGGAAACCCUGCACAUGCACUGAAUAUGAAAAGGACUUUUCCCUCAAGUCAAAUCCUGAGAAAACUCACACUGAGGAGAAUCACGGUAAAUGCAGUGAAUAUGGAAAAGCCUUUAUCCAGAAGUCAGAUCUGUUCAGAUGCCAUGGAAUUCGUAUUGGAGAAAAACCCUAUGAAUACAGUGACUAUGGGGAAAAUGUCUCUCAGAAUUCAAAUCUCAAUGUACAUAAAAAAAUCCAUACUGGAGAGAAACACUUUGAAUGUACUGAAUGUGGAAAAGCCUUCACAAGGAAAUCAACUCUGAGUAUGCAUCAGAAAAUUCACACAGGAGAAAAACCGUAUGUAUGUACUGAAUGUGGGAAAGCCUUUAUCCGGAAGUCACAUUUUAUUACACAUGAGAGAAUUCAUACUGGAGAGAAACCUUACAAGUGCAGUGACUGUGGAAAAUCCUUUAUAAAGAAGUCACAACUCCAUGUGCAUCAGCGAAUUCACACAGGAGAGAAUCCCUUUAUAUGUACAGAAUGUGGGAAGGUCUUCACUCACAAGACAAGUCUCAUUAUACACCAGAAAAUUCAUACUGGAGAGAGACCUUAUAUAUGUACUGAAUGUGCAAAGGCCUUUACUGACAGGUCAAAUCUAAUUAAACACCAAAAAAUUCAUACUGGAGAGAAACCCUAUAAAUGCAGUGAUUGCGGAAAAUCAUUCACCUGGAAGUCACGGCUCAGGAUACAUCAGAAAUGCCACACUGGAGAGAGACAUUAUGAAUGCAGUGAAUGUGGGAAAGCCUUCAUCCAGAAGUCAACACUAAGUAUGCAUCAGAGAAUUCACAGAGGAGAAAAGCCCUAUGUAUGUACUGAGUGUGGGAAAGCCUUCUUCCACAAGUCACACUUUAUUACCCAUGAGAGAAUUCAUACUGGAGAGAAACCCUAUGAGUGCAGUGACUGUGGGAAAUCCUUCACAAAGAAGUCACAACUCCAUGUGCAUCAGCAAAUUCACACAGGAGAGAAACCCUACAGAUGUGCAGAGUGUGGAAAGGCCUUCACUGACAGAUCGAAUCUCUUUACACACCAGAAAAUUCAUACUGGGGAGAAACCCUAUAAAUGUAGUGACUGUGGAAAAGCCUUCACUCGGAAGUCAGGUCUCCAUAUACAUCAGCAGUCUCAUACCGGAGAGAGACACUAUGAGUGCAGCGAAUGUGGGAAAGCCUUUGCAAGAAAAUCAACGCUAAUUAUGCAUCAGAGAAUUCAUACAGGAGAGAAGCCCUAUAUUUGUACAGAAUGUGGGAAGUCCUUUAUCCAGAAAUCACACUUAAAUAGGCAUCGAAGAAUUCAUACUGGAGAGAAACCCUAUGAAUGCAGUGACUGUGGGAAGGCCUUCAUUAAGAAGUCACAACUUCAUGAACAUCAUCGAAUUCACACUGGAGAGAAACCAUUUAUAUGUGCUGAGUGUGGAAAAGCCUUCACCAUCAGAUCAAAUCUUAUUAAACACCAGAAAAUUCAUGCCAAACAGAAACCCUAUAAAGGCAGUGACUUUAGGAAAACCUUACACUGGAGGCCACAGCUCAGUGUAUGUCAGAAAUCUGAUUCUGGGGAAGUAGAGUGCUCAGUGCCGCAGUCAUGGUGUGGGGAUACAAAGUAGUGCGAGGCUACUGCUUCACUAUGAAGCAGGAGGUGACCAAGCCACCAUAUCUCUGGUCAGAAGCGUGAAUGUCUGGAUCACAGAACUGGUGUCCAAUUACAUGUAUGGGGGAGACACUGAAGAAAGUGCUUAAACAAUGUGUUUGGGCCAUAGUUAAUUAUUGGACUCCUGCAAAUAAUAGUAAAUAUGCCAGCAGAGGACUUGGUAGACUUUGUUUCAUGUUAUGGAUAAAAAGCUAUAAAUUCAGGGCUGUAUUCACUAUUGACCAAAGUAAUUUCUUAAUGAGUAGAGUGCUAAGAAAAUUUUUCAUUGUCUAAGGAUGCUGAAAUGAGGGCAAAAGUAUAGACAAUUCAAGCCUGUAACUAAGAGAAUUCAGAAGUUUUUGUGAAAAUUGACAUAAAAGACACAAAGGAAGGACCUCCUUUUUUCCUUCAGGAAGUCACUAUUAUUUAUUUUUUACAGUAUCAAUGUGUAGAAAUUCGGAUAAACAUUUUUUUUUAUUUGACUUUGAGAUUGGCAAAUUAAAACCACAGGCUUACUUGAACAUUAACAGGCCUCUUUAGUUAUCCAGUAUGUUUCCUUACUUAAUAAUUCCCUGCCAUGGCACAGGUAACUCACACCUAAGAGGCAUAAAGUUCUGCCAGCUUAUAUCCAUCCCCAAAGUGACCAAUGAGGUAAGCAGCAGCUCUACAGACUAUUUGUUACCUUAGAACUGGCCCUGAGACCACGGGACUAAGCCUUGGGUCACAGAUAUAAAAGUCUUAGCCUCAUCCACAGAAAUCUGUAAUUUUUACUGAUUUCUGUUUGGAAAAGAGACAAAUUAAGAAAAUGGGUUUCAAAACCUAGAAUUCUUUCCUUAUAAUUUUGUUAAUACAUUCUCUACAUAGUCAUCACAUGCUACAUUAUCUUUGGACACUACUGUUUGCUUUUGAGUUUGUCUUCUUAGAAGACAGAAUUGCACAUUUGGAAGAGUACUCUUCCUGUCCCCUCUCAGUCUCUACAAAUUAAUCUUACUGUGUUUUGAACCCUCUUUCUAUUCUUACAUAUUUAUUCCAUCAGAUUCUAAAAGAAGUGUUUUAUCUUCCAGAAUAUUCGUGAAAUUCUCUCCUUUUUAGUUUUCUAUGUUUUGAGUCUUUGUUUUUACAUUCAAAUUUAGAACUCUUCCUGGUUACUUGAACCCUAAUCAUCAUGAAAUGUCCAUUUUUAUUGAUACUGAUAAUUUUUUGCCUUAAGAUUUACUACAUCAGAAGUUAAUACCGUACGUAUACUUCACUUAUUGAAGGCUGAUAUAAAUUAGUACCCAUAUCACUCUCUGGACGAGGUGAGCAGCUACAAAAGUAGCUCCUUUAUUUCCCUCUUGAGUUACAUGGUAUUAAUGUUAUGCAUUUGGAUUUUUAUGUAGUUGAUGUCGUGGUUAUUGUCUCAGAGUCGAUAUUCAUCUAGAUUAAUCCUCAUACUUACCCUUUUUAUUACUUUUUUAUUCCUUCUUUUCCUUCAAGUUUCAUUCUAGAAUAAUUUUUUUUUUUCUGACUGAAGAAGACCCGUUAGCAAUUUUUUUUAAGUGUGUGCUUCCUAGUGACAAAUUUUGUUCUUUGGAAGAUGUCUUUAUUUUGCUUUCAUUUUUGAAAGAUAUUUUUACUCAAUAUAAGAUCCUAAGCAGACAGUUCUUUUCUGUUAGUAUCUUGAAUAUAUUUUGUUUAAAAAGUCUGUGUUUCACUGUUUUGUUGGAAAAUAAGCUUUCAGUGUAAUUACCUUUGAAGGUAAUGUGCUUUUACCCCCUUUUCUGUAGCUCCUUCAAAAUUUAUGUCUUAUCAGGCACCUGGAUGGCUCAGUGGUUGAGCAUCUGCCUUUGGCUCAGGUCCUGAUCCUGGGGUCCUGCAGGCGGCCUGCUUCUCCCUCUGCCUUCGUCUCUGCCUCUCUCUGUGUCUCUCAUGAAUAAACAAAAUCUUUUAAAAAAAAUUCAUGUCUUAGGCUGCCAAAAAUCACACAUUGAAAUGCCUAGGUAUGAUUUUCUAUGUAUUUGUUUGGGGUUUGGAAUGUUUUUUAAAUCCUUAGCUUAGUAAGUUUUUUUUUUCUCUUCACAUUUUUGGAAAUUUCUUGAUAUUAUCUAUGUAUUCUUCAGCUUCGUUACCUUGCUCUGUUUGUCUAGAAAUAACCCCAUUAUUUACAUCCCCAUUAACUUUUCUCCAUUAGUUAUUUCAGAUUUAGUGAUGCUUGUCUUCUCUUAUACCUGAUGAUUUUAAAUCAACGACCAGAUACUAUAAACUAACAAUUGUAGAGAUACUGAGAUGGUCUGGUUGAUAUCUUCUUCCAGAGAUUUGCUUUUCACUCUAACAGGUGGCUAGGUGAGAGCAUGAGCACCCUUGCUUGUUUUUCUCCAGUCUUGUAGUGAGAGUGUGUAAAACUGGGCUCCAGUCUCCAUGAUGGCUUGUCUGGUGUUUUUCACUCUUAUUUCUAGGGGAUACCCUAGAGACGUGGACUUUGCCAGGUAUCUCAUUCUGGGAAGGAACUUAAUUUGUCUAAGAGGCCCCAUAAGCUUGUCAAAAACUUUAACCUUUCUUGCCCAGUAUUUGCUUUAAAAAUGAACACACUUUUUUUUUUUUUUUAAAGAUCGUAUUUAUUUAUUUGACAGAGAGAGAGAGAGAGAGAGAGAGGCAGAGAGAGUACAAGUAGGCCAAGCAGCAGACCGGGAGAAAGAGAAGCAGAUUCCCCGCUUAGCAGAGAGCCCAACUCGGGGCUCGAUCCAGGGACCCUAGGACCACGGCCUGAACCAAAAGCAGACAUUUAACCGAGUCACCCAGGCAUCCCUGCAAACACCUCUUUUUAAUAAAUAGCCCCAAAUUCCAGAGGUUCUCUCUUUUUUUUUUUUUUAAGAUUUUAUUUAUUCAUGAGAGACAGAGGCAAAGGGAGAAGCAGACUCCCUGCAGGGAGCCCGAUGCAGGACUUGAUCUCAGGACCCCAGUAUCAUGCCCUGAGCCGAAGGCAGAUGCUCAACCAUUGAGCCACCCAGGCAUCCCCAGAGGUUAUGUCUUAUCUUUAAUCUUAUUCCUGUAGUUUCUUACUUCUUGGUAGCUCUCCGUGCCAUCACAAAAUUAAAUACAUUUAAUAUUUUCUUCCACCAUUUUUAGUUUUAAUUACCAAAACUUUCCAAACUAAAAAAUGAAAGUGUUCUGAUUUGUGACACUAUUCCCAUUUCUUUUGGUAGUAAAAGUUAAGACAUUUACUGUUUGUUUCAGAUUUUGUGAACUUUGAUACAUAAGGGGAAAUUGCCUUUCUUUGGUAGUGUCAAAUUUUAUUAUGGUAGUUGCCAGACAUUAGCAAAAAGAGAUUGACUAAGAGACUCUUGUGUUUCUUUUUUAAGAGUAUGUUUUUUUUUCUCCCCUUUGGAUGGUAAAUAGGAAGUGAAGUUAAUGAAAACUGGUCUAACAGCCCAGGGGUUUGAGAAUAAGGAUUUCAAAGAUUAAUUAAAAGGAUUAUUGAGAUAGUGAUUCUCAACCUUUUUAUUCCCAGACACGUUACUUACUUUUUUUUAAAAAAAUUAUUUAUUUAUUUAUUUUUUUUAAGAUUUUAUUUAUUUGUUCAUGAGAGACACAGAGAAAGAGAGGCAGAGAUGUAGGCAGAGCGCACCAUGUGGGGAUCCCAAUGCGGGAUUCCAUCCUGGGACCACAAAAUCACUCCCUGAGCCAAAGACAGAUGCUCAACCGCUGAGCCACCAGGGGUCCCUUAUUUAUUUAUUUUGAGAGAGAGCACAAACAGAAGGAGCAGCAGAGGGAGAGGGAGAUGUAGCCUCCCCACUGAGCAGGACUCGAUCCCAGGACCCUGAGAUCAUGACGUGAGUUGCAGGCAGAGACUCAGACACUCAGCCAACUGAGCCACCUAGGCACCUCCCCAGGCACAUUUAAAAAAAUACAGUUCUACAUUAUUGAGCUGAAAAAAGAAGAAACAUUACCUUUUGUCAACAGGGCGGUAACAUCUAGGAGAAAGGAAGACUUCCUUUUACUGGCCUCCACAUAUUUGAAGAGGGGCUGGGAAUUGAUUUGGGAAUGGAUGAUGGACAGUUAGGUGUUAAAUGGGAGAGCUAAAUCUUACUUAGAUGGAAUUCCAAGGUUGGUAAAAAUUGAAGGCAUGUGCAGUAAGGACCUUACCAAGGAGAGUAGUGUGAAAUAGACAUAUCUUUUUAUACCACUACUAUAAUACAGUUCAUUUAUAUUUAUAGCAAAGCUUUUUAAAAACAAUUUUAUAAUCUAAAUUUUUAAAUUAAAAAGUAAUUUUUAAAACUUUUCAUUCUGUGAGUUAAAAAAAAUGUAAGAAAACUUUCAUUCAACCCAACAUUUAAUCAUGCAUCAGAUAAUUCAUAGGAGAGAGUAAUUUUCUGUCUUACUAAAUGUGAGUAGGGCUUCAUUUACAAAUCAUUACAUCAUUACAGAGAAUAGCAGAUAAUUCAUCCUGGAAAGAAAACUUAUGUAUACAAUAACUAAAAAAUCACCCUUAAAGUGAAAAGUUAACUUUUUGAAGAGCAAAUUCCUAUAUGAGAGAAAUAACAGAUCAGAAGUUGAUUUUUCCUCAGAAACUCAUUUUAGAGAAACCUAUAAAAGCAAUUACUGGAGAACCACAUGGAAGUUACAAAAUUUCUGCUGCAAAUAGACAAAUAUAUUUCAUGUGGAAAUAGCUUCAUUCAGAAAUCAAUUUUCAGUACUUGUGCAUGAGUGAAAUUUUAUUUCCUGAAAAUGAUAAACACUUCUUUGAGUUUGAACAAAUUAAAUUACUCCUUUGACAGAGUUGUUGUAUUUUAUUUUUUUAUUCUUUUAAGAGAUUUUUUUGUUUGUUUUAUUUGAGAGAGAGAGAGCAGCAGAGGGAGAGGGAGAAGCAGGCUCCUCGCUAAGCAGGGAGCCUGAUGUGGGGCUUGAUCCCAGAGACUCUGGGAUCGUGACCUGCGCUGAAGGCAGAUGCUUAACCAGCUGAGCCACCCAGGUGCCCCGAGUUGUAUUUUAAAAAGUCUUUGUGUACCGUUUAUAUCUUACCAGACAUCAUAAAAAUGGAGGAGAAUAACUUUUAUGGGGAUACAUCAUUUUCUUAAAAUGCCAUAAAAUUCAUAUCAGGAGGAAACUGGAAGAGCUUUUCCCAUAGAAACAUUUUAUAAGAAAUAAGUUUCAUUUUGUUUAUUGGUUAAAUUUCAUGUCCAUGUCUUAAACCAGUUGGGAUAAUAGGCCAGCCCAAUAAUUGCCUUUCUUUUUUUUUUUUUUCUUAACUUUUUAUUUAGGAAUGGUUUCAAACAUAUAGAACAGUGUUUCAAUAAUAGGAAGGGCAGAAAAAUUACAUAGUAACCCUUCACCCAAAUUCAUCUGUUAACAUUUUGCUCCAUUUAUCAGCAAUAUUGGCAAAAAGCAACCAGAUUUUAUGAGUAAGACAGCUAAUUUUCUAUUAUUUUUUUUAAAGAUUUAUUUAUUCAUGAUAGACAUAGAGAGAGAGAGAGAGGCAGAGACACAGGAGGAGGGAGAAGCAGGCUUCAUGCCAGGAGCCCGACGCGGGACUCGAUCCGGGGCUCCAGGAUCGUGCCCUGGGCCAAAGGCAGGUGAUAAACCACCGAGCCACCCAGGGAUCACCUAAUUUUCUAUUAUUUAGAAAAAUAUUACAAUUCAAGGGAAAUGAAAUUUGAAGGCUUCUACCUUUUCUUCCACCACUUUCAAGGCCUUUAUGCUGUCCUUAUUUCCCAAAAUGCAGAUGACAGUUUUAGCAUGGGACUGAAAUGCUGUAGCGGACGGAGGCCAGCAUGUGAAUGAGAUGAGAUGGGCUGUGCAUGGGUAAACAUGGCACUGCCAUAGCAGCAAGGUACAGGCUGAAAAGGCCUUUUCCCUCCCUUGUGAGGACUGGACCCCCAACAUGGUAGAAGUAAUGUAGAGGCAGGAAAGGACAGUACCCAGGAUAGGAGCCCCCACCCAACAGAGGGUAAUGCCAACUCACUGACAGAAAUGCCCACAAAAACCUUUCUUUUAAUUAAAUAACAUUGAAACACAUGUAUGACUUAUAUUUUAUCUCUUGAAUCCUGCACUUUGUCCAGUUAAAGCAACUCCAGGCACCAACAGUCUGUCACUAAAUAAGCAGCGGUAGUCAACUUCAUAGUUUUCUUUUUACUUAAUCAUACAUAAUGUAUGUGCGCACAUGAGUGUGAUUUCAUUGUCUUAAGCUGGGGUUAUAUUACAUGGUUUUGCAUCUUUUGCACUCGAAUAAUUUAACUAGCUGAAAAAAAGUCUGUGGUGUGGACAGGUCAUAGUUUGUUCAGCCCUCUCUGCCACUGUUCACAUUUUUGUCAUUAGAGAAAAUGGUCCAUAACCACCCUCAAGAGGUGGGAUAGUGUAAUGGGCUAAUAGGCAGUCAUAACCAUGCCAUUACCUAUUGGAGCUUUUCCUCUUUCUGUAAGCUAAUUCUGGCAGUGAGACUGAUGGAUUGAAUUGUGUUUUCUUAUUUUGAUAGAAAUUGUCUGAUGUCUAUGGAAUAAAUAAGAGUAGCAUUUCAUAUUUCCCAACAUCAGUAUAUAAAGCCACCCUUCCCCUCUACUAAAAACAAUGGUUACUCUAUGAGAAGUUUUCUGAUUUCAAAGUGAUAACUUACUUUAAUUUACAUACUAAUAUACCUCUUUAAAUGUUUCUUGGCCAUUUAAUUAGCUAAGUUGCCUUUAUAAACCUUAUAAACCAUUCAUUCAUCUUUCUUUUUGGAUUGUUGUCAAUUUGCGACAGGUUUAUUUUUUUAUGCUAAAGGUUAUAACUCCUUUAAGAAAACUAUUGCUUGACUCUUAACUUUGUAUAUAUUUUCCCAUUCACAUAAUUUUAUUUUUUACAUGUUUAAAUGUGUUUACAGUUUCUGAAUUUCUAGUUUGAGUUAACCUCAUGGAAUAACAUUUUUUUAAUAAAUUAAUUUUUAUUGGUGUUCAAUUUACCAACAUACAGAAUAACACCCAGUGCUCAUCCCGUCAAGUGUCCCCCUCAGUGCCCG